AUGAGCGGAACCAAGCCUGUAUCCGCGUUCGUCACCGAUGGAGGUGCUGCACUGACCAAAGCCGAACUGGAGAUGGAACUCAAGCAGGCUAUUGCCAAAGUACUGCCCACUGACUAUGAUCACUACAGGGAGGUGAACGUCUUGGCAGUUCACUGGAGUGACCCAAAAUGGGUCACCCUCGAGGACGAGCUCAUGACCACUUUCAGGGACGUCUAUGGCUUCAGAACAAGCACCUUCGUCAUUGAUGUCAAGAGAAAUUACGACGUGACUUCGGAUCUCAGAGAUAGGGUCAUUCGGUUCGUGAAGGAUGGUGACAGGCCCAAGGCUUUGGGCAUCAUUGUCUACUCCGGACACGCGGAGACAAACCUCAAGGCUCCCGCCCCUCAGCUUCACCUUGGAGCAGAACUGGUGUCAGAACAGUUGAAAGGCCCUUUCAUAAACUGGACCCGCCACGCAAGCAUGACCGACACGUUCAAGGGUGGCGAGGUACUGCUAGUCAUGGAUUGCUGUUUCGCAGCACAAGCAAUUCGAACCAACAAAGGACCCGAGCUGCUGGCUGCUUCAGGCUGGGAGGCUCAGGCUUCAGCCCAUGUCGAUUCAUGUCUGACCGCAGCUCUUAACACAAUCUUGAAGGAACUCAAUGGUCAGACCUGCAAAGUCGCCGACGUUUAUGCGAAGAUUCUGCACGGCAAGAAGCACUACGGCCUGACAACAACCCCGGUCCAUGCACUCACGCUCAACUCCAAAGCCCAGAGCAUCACCUUGGAGAGAUUGAGCGGCAAACAGCCAACAGGACGCUCUGUCAACGUGUCAAACUCGUCAAGUCACAUCAACGACAGAGUCAUCUUGAGUGUUCAUCUGUAA